GGGCCCUGCCUCUAAAAUGAGUCUCUCUGGGGAGAGAGAGGAGGGGGGCCCUGCCUCUAAAAUGAGUCUCUCAGGGGAACAUGACACCAAAGCUAAGAGUCCAAUCAAGCAGGAGAGACCAGCCUCCCCUGUACCCAGCUGUGUGUCUAUGAAGAGUGACAAGUCUUUGCGUCAUCCUAUAGAGUUUAGAGAGGGAGACUUUUCUACUGAACAAAGAAACCAGCAGGAGAGAUCAGAGUCAGAGAUUCUCAGUGGUCAGUCUUCCCAGAGUCAUCAAACAGACCUGGCCUCCAUAUUCAGUUUGCUUGAAGAGAAAAUUAUGACAUUUGUGAGGAACAAGCUGAAGAUGUUCAAGAGGAUUCUUAGUCCAGAACUCCCAGAAGGCUUUGAGAGUCAGAAGCAGGAUAAGGAAGUGGUGGAUGCUGAAGAUGAGAAGCAGGAGAGCAGUGCCAGAGAGGGGGCUCUGAAGAUCACACUGCACGUCCUGAGGAAAAUGAACCAGAAGGAGCUUGCUGACACACUGGAGAAAUAUGAGCUUGCUGUGAUUUGCCAACGUGAACUCAAAUCUAAUCUAAAGAAGAAGUUUCAAUGUGUAUUUGAGGGGAUCGCUAAACAAGGAAACCCAACACUUCUCAAUAAGAUCUACACAGAGCUCUACAUCACAGAGGGUGGAACAGGAGAGGUCAACAAUGAACAUGAGCUGAGACAGAUUGAGACAACACCCAGGAAACAAGCAAGACCAGAGACUGCAAUCAAAUGUAACGACAUCUUCAAACCCUUAACUGGACAAGACAAACUUAUCAGAACUGUUCUGACAAAGGGAGUCGCUGGCAUUGGAAAAACAGUCUCUGUGCAGAAGUUCAUUCUGGACUGGGCUGAAGGAAAAGCAAAUCAGGAUGUCCAAUUUGUGUUUUCAUUCCCUUUCCGGGAGCUGAAUUUGAUGAAAGGGGCCAAACACACUUUGAUUGAACUUCUCAAUCACUUCUCAAUCGAAACCAAACAAUCAAGAAUCUCCAUCUACAGCAAGUACAAAGUUCUGUUCAUCUUUGAUGGUCUGGAUGAGUGCCGACUGCCCCUAGACUUCCAGAAGAACAAGAUCUGUUGGGACGUCACAGAGUCAACCUCAGUGGAUGUUCUGCUGACAAAUCUCAUCAAGGGAAAUCUGCUUCCCUCUGCUCUCCUCUGGAUAACUACCCGACCAGCAGCAGCCAAUAAGAUCCCUUCAGGGUGUGUCGACCAGGUGACAGAGGUACGAGGGUUCAAUGACCCACAGAAGGAGGAGUACUUCAGGAAGAGAUUCAGGGAUGAGGACCUGGCCAGCAGAAUCAUCUCACACAUAAAGACAUCAAGAAGCCUCCACAUUAUGUGCCACAUUCCAGUCUUCUGUUGGAUUUCUGCAACAGUCCUUGAACACAUGCUGAAACAUAAGAGAGAAGAGAUGCCCAAGACACUGACUGAGAUGUACACACACCUUGCUGUGUUUCAUACCAAACAGAAGAAUGAAAAGUAUCAUGGGAAAGAAGAGUCAGGUCCACACUGGAAUAAAGAGAGCAUUCUGUCACUUGGAAAACUGGCUUUUCAACAGCUUGUGAAGGGCAAUCUGAUUUUCUAUGAAGAAGACCUGAAAGAGGCUGGCAUUGAUGUCAAUGAAGCCUCAGUCUACUCAGGAUUGUGCACACAGCUCUUUAAAGAGGAAUGUGGGCUGUACCAGGACAAGGUGUACUGCUUUGUUCAUCUGAGCAUUCAGGAGUUUCUGGCUGCUGUAUAUGUGUUCCUCUCAUUCAUCAACAACAAUGAGAAUCUAAUGGACAAACUGCAAUCAACGUCCAGGAACUUUUCUGUGAGGAUCAAACAAAGGCGGAAAGUUACUGUCUACAAGAGUGCUGUGGAUAAAGCCUUACAAAGUGAGACGGGAAACCUGGACCUUUUCCUCCGCUUCCUUCUGGGCCUCUCACUGGAGUCCAAUCAGAAGCACUUACGAGGUCUACUGACAAAGACAAGAAGCAGCUCACAGAGCCAUGAAGAGACAGUCAUGUACAUCAAGGAGAAGAUCAGGGAGAAUCCCUCUCCAGAGAGGAGCAUCAAUCUGUUCCACUGUCUGAAUGAACUGAAUGACCAUUCUCUUGUGGAUGAGAUCCAACGCUUCCUGAGAUCAGGAAGUCUCUCUAGAGCCAAACUGUCACCUGCACAGUGGUCAGCUCUGGUCUUUGUGUUGCUGACUUCAGAAAAGGAGCUGGAUGUGUUUGACCUGAAGAAAUACUCGAGAUCAGAGGAAGGUCUUCUGAGGCUGCUGCCAGUGGUCAAAGCCUCCAGAGCUGCUCUGCUGUCAGGCUGUGGAGUCACAGAGGAAGGCUGUGCUUCUCUGGUCUCAGCUCUGAGGUCAAACCCCUCACACCUGAGAGAGCUGGAUCUGAGUAACAAUGACCUGAAGGAUUCAGGAGUGAAGCUGCUCUCUGCAGGACUGGGGAAUCCCCACUGUAAACUGGAGACUCUGAGGCUGUCAGGCUGUCUAGUCACAGAGGAAGGCUGUGCUUCUCUGGACUCAGCUCUGAGGUCAAACCCCUCAAACCUGAGAGAGCUGGACCUGAGCUACAAUCACCCAGGAGACUCAGGAGUCAGACUGCUCUCUGCUGGACUGGAGGAUCCACACUGCAGACUGGAGAAACUCAAGCUGUCAGGCUGUGGAGUCACAGAGGAAGGCUGUGCUUCUCUGGUCCCAGCUCUGGAGUCAAACCCCUCACACCUGAGAGAGCUGGAUCUGAGUAACAAUGACCUGAAGGAUUCAGGAGUGAAGCUGCUCUCUGCUGGACUGGAGGAUCCACACUGCAGACUGGAGAAACUCAAGCUGUCAGGCUGUGGAGUCACAGAGGAAGGCUGUGCUUCUCUGGUCUCAGUUCUGGAGUCAAACCCCUCACACCUGAGAGACCUGGAUCUGAGUAACAAUGACCUGAAGGAUUCAGGAGUUAAGCUGCUCUCUGCUGGACUGGAGGAUCCACACUGCAGACUGGAGAAACUCAAGCUGUCAGGCUGUGGAGUCACAGAGGAAGGCUGUGCUUCUCUGGUCUCAGCUCUGAGGUCAAACCCCUCACACCUGAGAGAGCUGGAUCUGAGUAACAAUGACCUGAAGGAUUCAGGAGUGAAGCUGCUCUCUGCUGGACUGGGGAAUCCCCACUGUAAACUGGAGACUCUGAGACUCACUGGCUGUAAACUCACAGACACAUCCUGUAAAGUGUUGGCCUCAGUUCUCAUUUCAAACCCCUCACACCUGAGAGAGCUGGAUCUGAGUAACAAUGACCUGAAUGAUUCAGGAGUGAAGCUGCUCUCUGCUGUACUGGGGAAUCCCCACUGUAAACUGGAGACUCUGAGGCUGUCAGGCUGUCUAGUCACAGAGGAAGGCUGUGCUUCUCUGGUCGCAGCUCUGAGGUCAAACCCCUCACACCUGAGAGAGCUGGACCUGAGCUACAAUCACCCAGGAGACAAGGGAGUCAGACUGCUCUCUGCUAGAUGGGAGGAUCCACACUGCAGACUGGAGAAACUCAAUGUGGAACAUGGUGGAGAGAACAGAAUGAAACCUGGGCUUAGAAAAUAUGUCUGUGAUCUCACACUGGACCCAAACACAGUAGACAGACUCCUCUCUCUGUCUGAGGAGAACAGAAAGGUGACAUGUAGGACAGAGAAGCAGACGUAUCCUGAUCACCCAGAGAGAUUUGAGGACUGUGGACAGGUGCUGUGUAGAGAGGGUCUGACUGGGCGCUGUUACUGGGAGGUAGAGUGGAGUGGAAGAGGGGCUGUUAUAGGAGUGACAUAUAAAGGAAUCAGCAGGAGAGGAAGGGGUAAUGACUGUUGUCUUGGAUACAAUGACAAGUCCUGGAGUCUGUCCUGCUCUGACAACAGUUACAUUGCCUGGCACAAUGAUAAACCCACUACCAUAGACGUCCCCUCCUCCAGCUCCCACAGAGUAGGAGUGUGUCUGGACUGGCCAGCCGGCACUCUGUCCUUCUAUAGAGCCUCCUCUGACACACUGACCCACCUGAUCACAUUCACCUCCACAUUCACUGAGCCCCUCUAUCCAGGGUUUCAUCUUUGGGGUUGUGGCGACUCAGUGUCCCUGAAAUAAUAGUAAUUGUCACACAGACAUUGUGAUAUACACACACACACACACUGGACACACACACACACAUUGGACACAGUGGACACACACACACUGGACACACACACACACACACACACUGGACAAACACACACACACACUGGACAAACACACACACACACUGGACAAACACACACACACACACACUGGACACACACAAGCUAGACACACACACACUGGACUCACACACCCACACACACUUGAUACACACACACACACACACUUGAUACACACACACACACUGGACACACAGAUUGGCAAACACACACACACACACACACACACACACACACACACACACACUGGACAAACACACACACACACUGAACAAAAACACACACACACACUGGACACACACACACACUGGACACAAACUGGACACACACACACUGGAUACACACACACACACUGGACACACACUGGAUACACACACACACACUGGAUACACACACACACACUGGAAACACACACUGGACACACACACACACUGGACACACACUGGACACACACUGGACACACACUGGACACGCACACAGGACAAACACACACACUUGACAAACACGCACACACACACACACACACUUGACAAACACGCACACACACACACACACUUGACAAACACGCACACACACACACACACUUGACAAACACACACACACACACACUUGACAAACACACACACACACACUUGACAAACACACACACACACACACACUUGACAAACACACACACACACACACUGGACACACACACAUACACUGGACACACACAUGCUGGAUAAACACACACACACUAGACAAACACACACACACACUGGACUCACAAACACACAUUGGACACAGUGGACACACACAGACUGGACACACACACACACUGGACAAAAACACACACACACUGGACAAAAACACACACACAUUGGACACACACACAGACUGGACACACACACACACACACUGGACUCACACACCCACACACACUUGACACACACACAGAUUGGCAAACACACACACACACACACACACUGGACAAACACACUGGACAAACACACACACACACACUGAACAAAAACACACACACACACUGGAUACACACACAC